AUGGUGGUAUCACUUGGUGCUCCCAUAGGAGUCAUCCUUCUACAAAAAUGCUGCAGCCUCGGCAAAUAUCGAAGAGUUAUUUAUCAAGCAAGCGUUCUACUCCUGACUUUUGCUGCUUAUACAACUUUUCAUCUGUCAAGGCGUCCGUUAGCUGUUGUGAAGAAUUCCCUAAACCAAGAUUGUAGUAAGCUAACUCCCCCACCAGAUAUAGUAUUGAAUAAUUUGACCAGACACAACUGGUGUGAUUGGGCUCCAUUUGACCAGAAAAAUGCUAACAGAUUGCUGGGAAUUUUGGACUCUGUUUACGUCUUUGCUUACGCAAUAUGCAUGUUUAUUAGCGGCAUGUUGGCAGAACGAAUAGAUCUUCGAUAUUAUUUGACUCUCGGUAUGCUUAUAAGUGGGUUAUUUACUUACCUUUUCGGACUUGCUUUUUACCUUGAUAUUCAUAGUUAUACGUUUUUCAUCAUUGUCCAAAUACUCGCUGGAGCGGUGCAGUGCACAGGCUGGCCUGGUGUUGUGGCUUGCGUCGGCAACUGGUUCGGCAAAGGAAGACGUGGCCUCAUUUUUGGCGUAUGGAAUGCACAUUUAUACGUUGGAAACAUAUUAGGCGCUUAUAUUGCUGGCUAUUUCGUUGUACAAAAUUGGGGCUUAUCUUUCAUAGUACCUGGAGCUAUCGUCGGACUUGUUGGCUUUCUAAUGUUCCUUUUUCUUGUGCCACAUCCUGAAGACGUGGAUUUGCCAGCAGUGAAUCAUCGCAAAUCGACCAGCAAAAGUGAUGCCUCUCCGAAUAUGCUGUAUCCGAAUAAUGAUCCAGAAAUUAAAAAUGGUAUCAUAGCAGUUCAAGAAAGUAACGGCUACACCGAAAAAACUCCUUUAUCUAUUAAAUCCAGUGAAGCUCAACCGCAACGGGGCAAAAGAAAAGCAAUAACAUUCUGGGAGGCUGUGAAAAUUCCCGGUGUCAUCGAAUUCUCAUUGUGUCUGUUUUUUUCGAAGCUGGUUUCGUACACUUUUCUCUUUUGGUUGCCAAGAUAUUUAGCUCAUGCAACGGGGGUUGGAUCUCAAGCGUCCGCAUAUCUUUCCAUAGCAUUUGAUGUUGGUGGAAUACUCGGAGGGGUUGCAGCUGGCAUCAUAUCCGACUACACUGGAGCAAAUGGUUUGACGUGUGUAUGCUUCCUAGGACUGGCAGUACCUUCAUUAUUUAUCUUCGAAGCUUACGGCAAUGUGAGCAAGGCUUCUAAUAUUAUCUUACAGCUCAUAUGUGGUGCCUUAGUCAAUGGACCUUAUGCUUUAAUCACUACAGCAGUAUCAGCAGAACUUGGAACUCACGAAAGCAUUAAAAACAACUCGAAAGCUCUAUCAACAGUGACGGCCAUAAUUGACGGUACAGGAUCAAUUGGUGCAGCUAUUGGACCGCUUCUAGCAGGUAUGGUGUCCGAGUUAUCUUGGUCGUAUGUAUUUUACAUGAUGAUGGUAGCAGACUUUUGCGCUUUAAUAUCCCUUUCGAGGACUGCUAUUAAAGAAGCAAAGCAAUGUCAUGCUUUUAAAAUGAAAUGUAUCAUUCCAUUUACUUGUUGUAGGUCAGAUCAAACUCCUUAUCAGCAAAUUGGAUAAGUCUUCAA